AUGUCAGCAGGCACUCGCAGAGCAACAGCAUUGACAAAGGCUAGUCUCAAGAAGUAUUUAGAACUAAAGAACUUUUCGUUAGAUCUGCCUCCAUCAACAGAAGAUGAAGAAGCAUUUUAUGAAGAUGCAAAAGCUGAUGAAGCUGAAUAUGACUCAAUGCUCAAAGGUGUGAAUGGCGGCCUCAUCUGGGUCUUGGAUCGCGCAAAGGAAACGCUCUCAUUUCUCGGAGGUUUUACGGUGGCAAAUCCACAGGAUGAUAAGAAAAUCGAAGCUACAGUUUUCUUUGAUUCGGGAUGCCAGCGCUCAUUCAUAACAGAAGAGUUGGCAGAGCAACUUAAACUAAUCAGCACUGUGCGCAAGCCUAUUUCGAUAGCAGCAUUUGCAGAAACGCAAUCGAAAGUUUACAAUUCGAGAGAGGUUAAAGUUAAUCUUGUAUUAAAAAAUGGCUUCCAAAAUACAAUAACAGCGUGCACUAUGCAGUUUUUGACGCAAGAAUUGUUGAUAGCACACAAAAGGGAUAGAGAAGGUCAACAGCUGAAACAAAAUCCAGAUGUUAUUCAGGCAGCGAUCGUUUGUAAGAAGCCACAAAUUGUAGUAAAUCUGGACUGCUACUUCAUUUUUGUAAAGGGGCGUCGCACAAUACUGAACUCCGGAUUUCAAUUUAUUGAUUCAGCCGUAGGAUGGAUGAUAGCUGGAAAAGGUGCAAUAAAUAACAUUACUACGAAAACAAAAAAAGCACUCGUUAGAACCGCCAUCAUCGUCAGCACAGUGCUGGCCGAACAGCGGAUGUAG